CUGUCCACUGAGGCAUAUUAAGGACGGAGCUGUCGGGCGGUGUUUGUGGGAUUGCAGGGGAAAGAGACACGAACAGCACUCGCCCCCUCAAAGAGAUGAAACGGCUAUGCAUAUGUGAGAUCUGCAGCUGUGGACGCCACCGCUGCCCCCACCGGCCCACAGCUCUGUAUGGAAAGCCCAAUAAGACAUGUGUCCUGACAGAGUACACAGAGAAGUACCCCGCCUAUGGAGGAUACAACCCGCCCCAGAGCCUGAAACCCAAGCCUGUUAACCACGGUGACCAGGGGAGAAUGGAUGGAACUACUACAUUCAAGACUGACUUUAUUCCCUACGAGGUGACUCGACGACCGGGGAAACAGCAGGCGGAGUACAAACCCAAACCUGGAGACAUAGAUCUGGGGACCACCUACAAACAAGACUACACCCUUUAUGAGGUCCACCCCUUCGCCCCUUCCAGACCCAGGGAGAGGGUACGUGCAACAGGGCACAAAAUGGAUACAGUGCCUACUUACAAAGAGGAUUUCCGACAGUGGGAGAUGUGCAAGCGGGAGCUGAAGAAACCCGACCUGAGCUACCACCCUCCAGACGCCAAGUUCGACGGCCACACCACCUUCCAGGACGACUUCCUCACCCGAGGCCUGGCCCCCAGAGAGAGCUUCAAACCCUCCAGUAGCCCCAAAAUGUCCGAUGCCCCCUUCGAUUGCGUGACCAGUAACCAGCAGUGCUAUGUGCCCCACCCUCUGGAGGCGCGCUGGGUGAAGGCUCCAGAGCCCUAUAGACCCAGUAGCCAGCCCUUACAAGAUCUUACCACCAACCGAAGAGACUACCAGGGCCUGCCAGGACAGCUGCCCCAGAGCUAUAAGCCUAACCCUGGAAAGGUGACGUCUGACAUUCCGUUUCAGAGCAGCACAGAGUUUAAGGAGCGUUUCCAGCAGUGGCCCGUGUCCCUGCCUCAGCUGCACAAGAGCCUGCAGUACGUCAGCCCCACAGAGCACAUGGACAUGAGCACCACGUCUGGUGCAGACUACGUCCGACACAACAUCCAGCCCUUCAUCUCCGCCAAGCCCUUCAAUCGGCCCAACAAGUCAUCAGCUCCCUUCCAGGUCUGCACCACCAUGAGAGAUGACUACCAGCCUUGGGAGGUCAAGAGACAGGCCAUGAUCAAGAAGCCUGAGGAGAUGCAGAGAGCCACCGGACGGAUGGACUACCUCUCCACCUUCAAGGCCCACUUUACACCCCACGAGCUGCAGCCCAGUGUGAGCUUCAAGCCAGCUCACGCCCCAAUGAGGACUGAUGCCCCAUUGGAGGGCGGCACCAUGUACAGCACAGAGUUCACCCCCAAGAGGAUCAGCAUUUGUCCAGCCAGCUAUGACUCGCCGCCGGGCUUCGUGUUUGAGGACAGCGACGACAGGGGACACAGGUUCUACAGGAAGUUGCCGUCUAAGGACAGGAACAAGAUGGCUGCUGGCAUGGCGGUGGCUGUGGUAUCAUAACGUAUGACCAUGAUAUUUGGUGACCCAUGCUUUUUAUCUUAAAAAGAGCAUGUUAAAGCAAAACUAACAGUCUGUUAUGUUUUUUAUUUGAUUUUGGUACUACCUGAAUAGUAAUUGAUAGUAAUUAUCAAUGAUCAAUUGAAUAGUUGGCUAAUCAAAACAAGCACUAUUUAUGUAUUAAUCAAUUAAUUAUCCUUGUGUAUCCAUGUGCCAAAUUCUGCAAAAAGUCAUCACAGUCAAACAUUUGUUGAAAUUCACAAACAUAAUGCAGUACUUUCUGGGGACAUUUUCGUAUUGCAAAAUAAUUGUUCAAAGUGCAAAAGACAUACCGAAAACGUCAUUAUAAUCUUGCAGUGUGAUUUAAUUUUAAGGGGACGAUUUUUUUACUAGAGUUUAGUAAACAGCUAUACAAAAAUAAUCUUUAUAAUGCACAUUGUUGGAAAAAAGUUUUAUAUAAUGCUUUUGCACUAGGAAAAUGUCUCCCUCUGUGUGUCAUAAUAAUGAGUUUACCAAGCAGAAUAUCAGGUGAUCAAACUGUCUUUAUUGUCUUAGUAUGUUGUCUUUCUAGAGCACUUAAAAGUUUUGUUCCAAAAACAUCUUCAUGGUGUUCCUUCAAUCCAGAUAGGAUUUUACAAACAGUAUCCAUGUCAACACCCAAUGUUAUGGUAACGUUAUCGAUAUGUUGUCGUAAAUAUCAGUAGCAUUGAUUAUUGUCAGUAUGCGUUUGUUUGAGUGAGUGGCACUUGAUCAUGUAUCUGCAAAACACAUGACAUGUAUCUACAAAACAUUAGAGAUUGAACAUAAAUGCAUGAGAAUAAAACCAGAAGGGAAAGGUAUUAAACAUACCUGUGAUCCAACAACAGCAAGUGCUUAUUAAUGUACUGUACGGUUUAUAUCGAGUCUUUUUAAACAGGCGUUAUGAACACAACUAAAUAAGGUAAGAAAAUAAAGUCCCACAAAAAAUCUACAUACUCUCAAUGUACAAUAUUGCACUUAAAAACACAGUAUAUACAAGACAUAUUUUACAAUGCAGCACAUUGGUUGGAUAACCAAAACAAUAGCUAAAAACGAGUAGACCCCAUUAUUCAAAAAGAGAACAGAGAAAUAUGACUGUUAUCUCUAGGGGCCCGUCCCAAAUGGCACCAUAUCCCCUACAUAGUGCACUACUUUGGACCAGUAGUGUACUAUGUAGGGCAGGCAACUAGAUUCAGCCAAGGGCCGAUUUCUGUCCGAGCGGAUGGUUGGGGGGCUGGAGCAGAAUUAUAGAAAUUUGUACAAUGCAAAUUGACCACAAGCAAGCAGAAAAAUUUAUUGAAUUGGAAAAUAACAGUCAUCUCAUACCUUGAUUACAUUGAGACACGAUCACGUCUCUCUUUUUAUUUGUGGGAAUACUUGGGAACAGAGUUUGGCGCGCGGGCCGCCUGUUUCCGACCCCAGAUGUAGGGAAUAUGAUUGAGUGCUAUUGGGAAUGCAACCCAUACCUCUCUCGGUCACUGCAGAGCCUGUUGAUUCCAAACAGUGAUCAUUUCUUUGGACAAUUAUUAUCUCACAUGAUACAUACUACUGUAUGCACUGUACUCCGAUGAAUGUGUUUAAAAUGUACGUACACAUUGAAUGUUAACUGUUAUGGCAAAUAUCCAAUAAAUCAUUUUGAAACCA